ACCCAUGGUUCAGGCAAAAGUCUGUUUGCAUUUUUUUCUUCUACCAUUCGUUUUAACAAUGCGCUCUCUUGUUGUUUGCACUCUGCAGCAUGGAAGAUUUUUGUAAAAAUAGUUAUUUUGUAAAUGUCAGCGUAUAACAAAUGCUUUUUGUUACGGUGCCAUUUAAACAAGUACAGACCAACUGCAAGAAAUUAUACUGUAACCCGGCAGUGAAUGACAGACGCGUGACCUGGCACAGCUGCUUGGGAGGAAUCAGGAACGAGGGACGGACAGUUGCUGAGGGGUCUGCAGAAUUGACGAGAUUUUACACCAUGACUUCGGCAGAAUUACGAAAAGAACUGGAAGAGUACUUAAAAAAUAAUAAUAUUGAAACUGUCUGCGUGGACCACCCAGAGGUUUUCACAGUGGAAGAAAUGAUGCCCCAUGUUCAGCACCUAAGCGGAGCCAUCACUAAAAAUCUUUUCCUCAAAGACAAAAAGAAGAAGGGUCUAUGGCUGGUGACCGCUCGUCACGACAGACAAGUGAACCUCAACGAUCUUGCAAAGAAGCUGGGAGUGGGGAGCGGUAACCUGAGGUUUGCUGAAGAAGCAGCAAUGCUGGAGAAGCUCAGAGUGGGCCAGGGGUGUGCAACACCACUCGCGCUGUUCUGUGACAAACAAGGAGAUGUCAAAUUUGUCCUGGACAGUGAUUUAGUGAAUGGGGGACACGAAAGGGUAUAUUUUCACCCCAUGACUAAUUCAGCAACUAUGGGGCUAAAACCUGAGGACUUCCUGACAUUCUUAAAGGAAACUGGACACGAACCCAUUCUGCACAAUUUUGAUUAGAAAUUUUAUGAAAGCUCAACUUGUACCAUAAGUAUUGGUAGAGUAAAGUAAAAAGUGCAACCAGAUUCAACAAUGUGUGGCAAGUCAUGCAAUUAAACUCAAACCGUUCCUAUCGAACACUGCUUUAUUUUUUGUUUUAAAACCCCAAGGAGGUGUAAUAACGUUUUCAAUUUUCACUUAAAAUCAAAUGCAUUUUCAUAUUCAAGGGAUGCUUAAAGACAGAGUCAACAUUGCUUUAACAAUAUUUUUUAAAGAUAAACAUAUCCUAAUUGUUAAGAUAUAAUGUAUUUUUCACCCUAAUGACAUUUAACAAAAUAAAAAAUGCCAUGUCUAUAAAGUCUUAUUAUACUCUUAUCCUUAUAGCAGCUUUUUAAAAGUACCAACAAAAGUGCAUGAAAUGCCAAAAAACAGGUCAGUGAAUGUUUUAAAAACUGAUAUAAGGAUAUCAAGCUGUAAUUAAAAUGGAAUGUGAGAAAGUCUAUAUUUUACUAGUGAAUGAACUCAAAAUUAAUGUUAGGUGCUGUGAUAAGUCUAUACUACUGUCUCAACCCAAAGCAUAUUAAACAGUGAAAGUAUGCAUA